AUGCGGUACGAUGAAGACGCGCGAGACGCGCGAGACGUGACGUUCGCGUACGGCGCGCGAGGGAAGCCGAGCGUGCGCGGACCGGCGACGCUGGCGGCGCGGUGUGGGUUCAGCGUCAGCCACUGCGACGGGCUCACCGCGGUGGCGGUGACGACGAACGGGGAUGCGUGCGGGAUCGAUGUGGAGGAUGAGAAUAGACGAAUAGGGACGGAUGUGGGGAAAUUCGCUCGGCGGUGGUUGAGCGACGACGAGACGCGGCGUCUGAGCGAUAUCGUCGCGGACGACGAACGCGCGCGAGCGUUCAUGCGGUUGUGGACUGCGAAGGAGUCGUAUGUUAAGGCUUUAGGGUUAGGAAUCGCCGGACGUCCGUUCAGGGAGUUUGACAUAGCGUGGGACGUCGCCGAGGACGCGGCGAAGACGUGGUCGAUGGAUUUGCGCGAUGUCACCGACGAUGGUACCGUCCCUUGGCGGUUCGCGCUGUUGAAACCGCGCGCAUCGCAGUCGCACGUCAUGUCGCUGUGCGCGCCCGCGGGAGCGGAUGGUCGAAUGCCUCGCGUGCGCGUGCGUUGGGCGUCGCCGUUCGAGCCGCUCGUCGACGUCGACGCGGCCGAUGCCGACGUCCUCGCGCUCGGCGGCAGUCGAGCCACGAUUUGA